AUGUAUCGCCAAAUAAAGGUUAAGGAUACAGAUCAGUUAUAUCAGUUGAUCUUAUGGAGGGAGUCGCCCCAGGAAACCUUGAAGAUCUUCAAACUCACCACGGUAACAUAUGGCACAGCUAGUGCUCCGUACCUGGCAAUGCGCUGUUUGAAGAUGCUGGCGCAAAAUUAUGCGUCAACAUUUUCACAGGCAGCACAAGUGUUAGAUACGGACUGCUAUGUUGAUGAUAUCAUCACAGGUGCUGAUACUGCGGAUGAGUUGGUUAAGAUUCAAAGGGAAGUUGUACAGUUGUUAGAUGAAGGGGGGUUCUCCUUACAUAAAUGGUCAAGUAACUGUCGUGAAGUUUUACAAACUAUCCCAAAGGAAAGUCAAAGCUCUGCUAUGGCCUUGUUUUCUGAAGCAGAUACUGUUAAAACCUUAGGGCUUGCGUGGAAUCCUUCACAGGAUAUUUUUAAAAUAGCACAUAUUAAGGUUUCAGAAGCAGACAUUAGACAGGGUGUUGACACAAAACGAUCCGUAUUAUCAACAAUUGCACAGAUUUAUGACCCAAUUGGGCUCAUAUCUCCAAUAUCUGUAACUGCAAAGUUGAUAAUGCAGGAGUUGUGGAGGCAAAACCUUGGUUGGGAUGAGACUUUGUCACGAGAGUUACAAGAUAGGUGGAAUCUUUUUGAGGUUCAUCUCUCUGAUCUAGAGAAUCUCAGUAUUCCUCGAAACAUUUUUAAGUCGAUUCCGGUGACUAUUCAAUGUCACGGAUUCUCAGACGCUUCAUUGUAUGCAUAUGGUGCCUGCAUUUAUCUACGGGCAACAUACGCAGAUGGCACUUUGUCAUCAAGGUUACUUUGUUCAAAAUCGAAAGUAGCCCCAUUAAAAAAUGUGACGUUGCCUCGGCUAGAAUUAUCUGCGGCUUUGCUCUUAGCAAAGUUAUUUAGGCAGAUGAUGACGAUCACAAAAAUCCCAAUUUCGGAGUCGUUUCUAUGGUGUGACUCAAGCAUUGUCUUGGCGUGGUUAAAGACAGAUCCGUCUCUAUUGAAAAUGUUUGUUAGCAAUAGAGUGGCGGAAAUUCUUGAUAUUACGCCAGGCAUUGCUUGGAGACACGUCUGUAGUAAAGAAAAUGCUGCAGACAUUGUAUCUAGGGGUGUGAAGACGCCAUUAGAGUUAGCAGACUGCAAUCUAUGGUGGCACGGGCCUGCUUGUCUGCUACAAGAUUCUAGUAAUUGGCCUAACAGGUUUGCUGAUGAUGUUAAGGAAGCUAUUCCAGAACGGAAACUGCUAGCAACAACUGUCGGCAACACUAGAAUGAAUUGCUAG